CCCGCGCGCGAGUUCGUGACGCGGAAUGCGCUUGCGCGUGGCCGGGUCGAGGCGCGCGUCUGUGAGAGGGUGACCCUGCGCCGCGGGGAACCGACCCAGGAGCGAGGAGGCCCGGGAGGCGUUCACUUCGCUGGAAGGUUCGGGCCCUGGUGGGACAGAAAAGUCAGAGAUGGACCUUGUGAGACUUGUUGGGCUCUUCUCUAGGGCCCGCCCCAUGGGGCUCUUGGGCCUCCAGCACCUUGACCUUCUUGGAGCCCAAUGGACAGGAGGCAGGGAAGGGCUUGUAUUGAGGGCCAUGGGGCCAACUCAGCCAGCAUUAGCAGCCUUCAGCAGCUCCCCUUUGUCAGCUGUUUUUGAACCUGGGAGCCAGAAGAAUAUGAGCAGCCUCCACUCUGACCCAAGCCAGCCCAGCCCCACAGCCCCUCAGGAGGAAGAGGAAGAGAACUUUGGAACCCUGUCUAAUAAAUACUCCUCCCGGAAAAUAUUCCACAAAUCAACACCCCAGUUGUAUGACCUACGGCUCAGGGAACAGAGUGCGGAGGAAGAGGAGGAAGGGGAACUGGAGCCAAAACCAUGGCAGGGCCGGAGAAACACCCCGUACUGGUACUUCUUUCAGUGCAAACGCCUAAUCAGGGAAGGAAAGCUGGCUGAGGCCCUGGACCUGUUUGAGAGGCAGAUGCUGAAGGAGGAGCGACUGCAGCCGCUGGAGUGUAACUACACGGUGCUGAUCGGGGGUUGCGGGCGGGCUGGCUACCUGAAGAAGGCCUUCAGGCUCUACAAUGACAUGAAAAAACGGGAAUUAGAGCCCUCAGAUGCCACAUACACAGCCCUGUUCAAUGUCUGUGCCGAGUCACCCUGGAAGGACUCUGCCCUCCAGAGGGCACUGAAGCUCCGACAGCAGCUCCAGGCCAAAAACUUCCAGUUCAACCUGAAAACAUACCAUGCCCUGCUGAAGACUGCUGCCAAGUGUGCAGACCUAAGGAUGUGCUUUGAUGUGUUCAAGGAAAUCAUCCACAAGGGUCAUGCUAUCACAGAGGAGACCUUUAGUUUCCUGCUCAUGGGCUGCAUCCAAGACAAGAAGAUAGGCUUCCGACUCGCCCUGCAGGUGUGGAGGCAGAUGCUGAGCCUGGGACUCAAGCCAACCAGGCAUGGCUACAACUUGCUGUUGGGGGCAGCUCGGGACUGUGGCUUGGGGGACCCAGAGGUGGCCUCCAGGCUGCUCCUGAGACCCAGGAAGGAGACACUCCUGCUCCAGCCCCCAUCCAGGCAGAAGGCAGGGAGGAGAGGCCCUUCUGGGGCUAAUGGUAUACUGACCAGACUGCAUGUGGAGACCAUGGAGAAGGAGCUCUUCUUGGAACCUUCUCAGGCAAUUGAGGGACUUCCAGAGCCCUGGGAGGCACUAGUGCCCAGUAAGGCACAACCUGAGGUGGAAACCAAGACAGAGCCUUACCACACAGCAGCACCCACCCCAGUGGCCCUGAAGCUACCUCCCUUGGAGCUGGAGAUCAACCUCCUGACCCUUGAGACUAUCUCCCCAGCUGUGAUCUCCUUUGGGACAGUGACCACCCCUGCUGACAGGCUAGCCUUGAUAGGGGGCCUGGAGGGCUUCCUGGACAAGAUGGCAGAGCACGGGCUCCAGCCCGACAUCAAAACCUUUACGCUGCUGGCUGAGGUGGUAGAGCCUGGGAGCCCUGCGGAGUCCUCGCUGCUGACUGUUCUAGACAGGCACCAGGUGGAGGCUGACGUGACAUUCUUCAACACACUGAUGAGGAAGAAGAGCAAACUGGGAGACCUGGAGGGGGCGAAGGCGCUGUUGCCAGUCCUGGCAAAAAGGGGAAUCAUUCCCAAUCUACAGACAUUCUGCAACCUGGCCAUCGGGUGCCGUAGGCCCAGAGAUGGUCUACAGCUGCUUGCAGACAUGAAGAAAUCCCAGAUGACCCCCAACACCCACAUCUACAGCACUCUCAUCAAUGCAGCCCUCAAGAGGCUGGACUACACCUAUCUCAUUGACAUCCUGAAGGACAUGAAGCAGAACAGGGUGCCGGUGAAUGAAGUGGUCAUCCGCCAACUGGAGUUUGCAGCCAAGUACCCACCCACCUUUGACCGGUACAAAGGGAAGAACACUUAUUUGGAGAAGAUUGAUGGCUUCCGAGCUUAUUAUAAGCAGUGGCUGAAAGUGAUGCCAGCAGAGGAAACCCCCCAUCCCUGGCAGGAGUUCCGGACCAAGCCCAAGAGCGACCAAGACUCUGUCAGGGAUGCUGGUGUAGAUGGAGUCCUUGGGGGCAGAUCACACCUGGUGAACACCAAAGCCUUCACCUGUAGAGGUGCUCCGACACGCCUGAGGCACUGCUGAGAAGAGCUGCUCCCGAGAAUCGGGUGGCACGGUCCAAAGUCCAGGGCGGAGAGGGCCAGGCCCAGAGGCCUCAACCAGAGCAGCCCCGACAGCCACAGUGUGUGCACUCGAUGAUGCGGCCCUGCAACAGAGGACAGCUGAGUUGCUGCACCUGGCCACACACCCACAUACCCCACCCCCUUCUGCUAUGAAGGGCACCAGCAGUACUUCCUGCAGAACACCUUUCAGAAACCUCUGCUGGAUAGUUCUGACAGGGGAACUUCAGUGCCCUCAUGACCAUGCGAACAGCUACUGUUCACACUGAAGUUACAUUUGUGUGUGUUUAAUUUAUGCAAAUUCAACAUACACAACUGCCAAAAAGGAAAAAAAAAUCUGUGUGGAUGAGUCUCAUUACUCUACUUGUGGGCUAAGGUGGGUGCUACUGCUCAGAGGGCUCAGUGCCAGGGGCCUCAUGGCACCUGUCUGCUGGGACACUGGGGCGGAAAGGUUACUUGAGUUACUGUGGCCUGCAGGACGGUCUUGUCUGGCCAGCAGACUAAAGGCCCUAGAGCAGUGGUUUGUGUUCAUUUUAUUUUUUCAAGCUCUUUUUUUGAGGAGCAAGAGUUAGCAAACAAUAUCCUCUGCUGAAACCCAGCCAAGUCAAAGGUAGCCUCUGUUAAGUGUGAAGCAGCACCCCUGCCCUAACACCCCCGUGGAAUCCUGGGGCUCUCAGGACAGGGCUUCUGCUGCUCUGCCACCCCCACCCUCAUGCUCACACGCAGCCUUCCCUCCAGAGGCAGCCCUUCCCACUGUUGAGUACGCUCAUGUCUGAGCUUCCACAUGGUGCGGGCAGACAGCUACCUGCUGAGUUACCACCUGCAGCACUGAGCCAAAGCUCUAGGAACUCACUCACUGCAGCAUAAAGGGGCCCAUGGAAUAAGGCACCUGUGGGAAGCUAGGGGGGGAAAUGGCCAAGCUGAGAGAUGGUAUAUCUGGCCUGACCUCCGGCUGGGCCAACAACCUGGCCAAGAGGCUAUACAACAUCACCACUAAGUGCCAGUAUCUAAUGUCUGCCUUGUUCUGCAGCUUCAUUUAAAAGGGGCUCAAGCCCUGAGCUCAGCUACUGUUAUACACCCAGCACCAUUCCCGUGGUGCCCUGCCUAGCUGUGAAAGUUCUGACAAGAAGUAAGUGGUGACAUUAAAAGGGACAGGAACUCCAACUGACCAGCCACCCUUCCCUAAUGUAGCUUCAUACCACCACAGGGGCAGGUACUGCCACCUCCACUUCCUAAAUAAGGAAAGGGUUGUUACUUGCCCAAAGGUAAGACUUGAGACUGACCCAAAGACCUAACAAGAUUACUAAGCCCCACCUAGCAUGGAUCCCUGAACAGGGGUCUCACUCCUGGGAGGGAUGGCCAGCAGGAUUCCAGUGACAAAAUGGCAUUCCAGCCAAAACAAAUGCUAUAAGCCCCCUUGGAGUCAAUUAGUUUAUAGAGUUUUGAAGUGAAAACAACAUCAAAUUUGAUCAUCAGGCAUUACCACUUCCAGCUUGCUUUUGGGAACCCGGCAAAUGCAGUUAGUCCCAAAAUUGGUGUCCCGAGUCUGAAUGCACCGCAGGCAGCACAAGUUCUCAUAUCCCUGCUUUUUCCACUUUGCAAUCAAAUUUUUGUCUGCAUAACCUUCUUUAAUACAAUACUCAUAGAGUUCUGUCAAAAGAUGGGGAAAGGGCAUCAGAUCAUGGUGUAACAAACCUGCCUCCACCCUUAAGUCAAAAGAAAAAUUUGCCCAUUUUUAGUGGUAAAAAAACUCAUGAUGCUUGCUGAGGUUGCAAGCACGAGAAUCUGCUUAAUUUUGAAAGCUAUUUAAAUUCAAAGGGUUAAGAAAGAACUUAGCCAAUUACCUCUGCUUAUGGCUUUCCGCUUAUAAAAGAGGUCAAAGAUAUAGCGGGUUUUCUGGUGGUGGAUCCUGAAAAUGGGCCACAGAGAUUCCACUUUUCUUUUUCCCUCAUGAGGUUCUGUUUCAGCUGGGGAGAAAAAAAGUAUAUGUUUGCUUUGGGGAGCAGAAUUAGUCUGCACAGGACAAUGUUUUUUUUCCAAUAACUACAUAUAAUGAAUAAAUACAACUUUAUACCCACUAAGAUGGCAAAAUGAUGGACAUUAACAAGUGUUAGGGACAACAUGGAGAAAACAGACUCCAUACACUGCUGGUGGCAAUAUGAAAUAGUGAAGCUGCUGUGGAAGAGUCUGGCAAUUCCUCAAGAAGUUAAAUAUAUAUGGGCAUUGUGGUGCAUGUCUAUAAUCCCAGCAACUCAGAGGCUAAGGCAGGAGGAUCACAAAUCUGAGGCCAGUCAAGCAAAUGAGGAGGACACUGCCUCAAAUGAAAGAUAAGAAAGGGCUUGGAAUGUAGCUCAGUGGUAAAGCACCCCUGGGUUCAAUCCCUACCCGCCCCCCCAAAAAAGUCAAACCUAAGGAGUUACCAUAUGACCCAGCAAUUCCACUCUUAAAUACAUACCAGAGUAUUGAAAACAUACAUACAUAUGCAGACUUGUACAUGACUAUUUGUAGAAGCCAAAAAAGUAGAAACAACCCAAAUGUCCAUCAACUCAAGAAUGGAUAAACAGCUGGACGUGGUGACGCACACACGUAAUCCCAGCAGCUCGGGAGGCUAAGGCAGGAGAAUCUCGAGUUCAAAGCCAGCCUCAACAAUUCAUCAAGACCCUAAGCGACUUAGUGAGACCCUAUAUCCAAAUAAAACACAAAAAAGGGUUGGGGAUGUGGCUUAGUGGUUAAGUAACCCUGAGUUCAAGCCCUGAUACUGGAGUGGGGGAGCGAUGGAUAAAUAGUGUGUGGUCUAUUCAUACAAUGGAAUAUUAUUCAGCCAUAGAAAAGAAUGAAGUACUGAUACAGGCUUCAACAUGGAUGAACCUUGAAAUGUAGAACUGUGGCUGCACAGUCUCUGAACAUACACUUUAAAGGGGUCAAUUUUAUAGUGUGUGAUUUAUAGUAAUAAAAUAAUAUUAAAAGGAAAGCUGAACAUAUUUUUAAUUUAGUCUUUUAGAUUAGAUAAAUCAGAAAAUGUAGAUAUAAAAAAGUCAUUUAACAAGCUAGGCAUGGUGGUGCAUGCCUGUAAUUCUAGCAGCUUGGAAAGCUGAGGCAGGAGGAUCUCAAGUUUAAAGCCAGGCUCAGCAACUCAGCAAGGCCCUAAGCAACUCAGUGA